UUCCGGACACAUUUGACGGAUACACAUCUCGGAAAAACACAUUUCAGCAUGGCUUUGGAGCACCUGGAGUGUACCACUGAGCAAUUUUCUCAUCAGUUAACGACAAUAUUCAAACAUUUUCCCAGGGUUUGUGCUGCUACCCGAUAAACUAAUUCCGGGGAGACUUUUCUUGGUGAGACGGCUUUGACCGUUACGUUUUUUAAAAGCGUUACCCGCUGAACGAAUGUCGCAGCUCUGACUAUCCGGCGUGGUUGAAGACAGCUAAGAGGCGUUACAGACUUUUAACUGAUACAAAACUAAUUUUAUCCAAACUGACCAGAAUGUCAAAGGUAAAGGCAAUGAAGACAGACGCUCCUGCCAAAACAAAACGACCAAAACCUACAGAGAAAAAUCACACAGCAAAAAAGAAAAGGAAACAGUGGAUGAAAGAGAAGUUCAGAAAGAAAAUGCCUCCUCCCCAGGACAAACAAAAAGCCAAAGUUCAGCAAACGGCACCUCCAAAAGAUGCCCAAGAGUUCUCUGCUAACUGGAAAACAUUGCAAGAGAUGCUGAAAGUCAGUCAACCGGCGAAGCAGCAGCAGCCUGUGCAACCACAAUGUCGGAAUGGCACUCUGCAAAAAGAGGACGCCAAAGAAAAUACUUCUAAAAAUAUUCCAAAGAGCAGCUUCUCUCUCAGCCAGACAGACGCUGAGAAGAAAACUAAGCAGAAAACAGUUCCUAACAGUGUUCUCCCCAAGGACGGUCAGGUCAACUCGAAGCUUCCAUGUGUCUCAGAGACAAGACAGUCUGCUGCUCCAAAAAGGGAAAGGGACAGGGGAAAGUCAAACAGUGAGCAAUCUGCCAAGAAGAAGAAGAAGAGGAAGGAUGUUGUUGAGGAGAAGAAACCUACAGAAGAUGACCUCUGGUUUGAUGAUGUGGACCCUGAUGACAUUGAGGCAACAGUGGGAGCAGAGGCAGCAGAGGUCAUGAGGAAGAAGCAGGGCAUUCAAAAGAACAAGGACACACAGAGCGCCCUGGUCAAAGAAAAAGCCUUUGACGGCCUCACCAGAGCUGUGGCCAUCGAUUGCGAGAUGGUGGGAGUCGGUGCUGACGGAGAGGACAGCAUCUUGGCUCGUGUGUCCCUCGUGAACCAGUUUGGGAAAUGCAUCUAUGACAAACAUGUAAAGCCCACGGAGAAGGUGACAGACUACAGGACAGCCGUCAGUGGCAUCCGACCGCAGGACAUCAGAAAUGGAGAGGAUGUCCGGAUUGUGCAGAGGGAGGUUGCUGAGAUACUGAAAGGGAGAAUAGUGGUUGGACAUGCGAUACACAAUGACUUAAAGAUUUUACUCUUGGAUCAUCCAAAAAAGAAAAUCCGGGACACUCAGAAGUACAAACCUUUUAAGAAGAUUGUAAAGUGCGGACGACCCUCACUGAAACUCCUCUGUAGAGAAAUACUCAACGUCAAUGUCCAACAGGGUGAACAUUCAUCCGUCCAAGAUGCACAGGCCACCAUGAGGCUCUACACGCUGGUGAAAAAACAGUGGGAAGCAGAGAUUAAAGCCAAACAGAAGAACAAAGUCUCAGACAAUAAGAAUGAGAGAGAGCCCAGGUUUCCCAAGAACAAGGACAAGAAGCUCAUGGGACUUUGAAGUCAAAGCUGCAAGAGGAAAGAUCAUCCCUGGAUCGGAGCAGACCCGACUGAAACAAUUAGAGGUUUGGGUUUGUGUUUUGAAGACAAAACCACCGGGAGACAUUUAAAUUGACAGAUGUUAAACACUUGGGAGCUUAUCUAAGAUCUAUUACAGCAAAAGCAAACCAUGAAGAAUAGCAAUGAGAAUGAAAGAUGUCCACAGAUGUUAUUUUGUCAGCCAGAGCGCCUCACAUGGGACAUUUCAAGAUAUGAACAAUUGCUUUUUUCUCAUUUGCCAAGACUUGCACAAAGCUAUGAGUAUUCUGUCCGAGCAUCUCAGGCUGUGACUCUCACAGGGUUUAAAGUGUCUGGGAGAGCAAGGAAUCUUGAUUUACACGGAUCCUUUCAGCUGUUUCCUUAUUAAUUCUUAAAUAUCAACAUUAUUUCCAAAUAAUGUUGUUCUUAACAGUUGGAAGCAGAUGUUCAAAUUGCGAAACAUCCGCUUUCCUCUAUGGAGUGUCCUUGAGUACUGAAGGUCAUUUUCUAGCACGCAUAGCACAUUGUUCCAGGGUUAUAUAAAUUGUUUGUUUCAGAUAUUGGAUCUUCCAUGAUUUGGUCUGUACAGAAUUUGAUUCCGGUUGCCUUACAAGUUGUUUGUUUCAUGAAUAAAACGUGAGAGAAAUUA